CCAUCCCCGGGCAGGCCGUGCUGCAGGCACGGCAGGAUGGAGGAGGACCGCUUCGUUGGGGCGUUCGGUAACCUGAGUCUACACGGUCCGCCCAGAUCGGGGUACAGACGGCGCCCCAAUAACAGACCCCCCGCACCCCAACAUCAAGCCCCCCCUCCUCCCCGCCACUCCAGGUUCAACAAACACAUCUACCUCCUGCGGGGGCUCCCCGGCUCCGGCAAGACCAGCCUGGCCAGGAAACUGAAAAGAGAAUUUCCAAGUGCUCUUGUGUUUAGCACAGAUGACUUUUUCAUUAUGGACGAUGGAACGUAUCUGUAUGACCAUGACUUAUUGCCUGAAGCACACAGGUGGAAUCAGAAACGAGCACGUAAAGCAAUGAACAAAGGAAAGACACCAAUUAUUAUAGAUAAUACCAAUGUUCAAGCAUGGGAAAUGAAGCCAUAUGCAGUCAUGGCACUUGAACACGAAUACCAAGUUUUAUUCCGUGAGCCUGAAACAAGUUGGAAGUUCAAUGUAAGAGAAUUGACAAGAAGGAAUAGCCAUGGCGUUCCAAGAGAAAAGAUUCAGCGCAUGAAAGAAGUGUACGACCACAAUGUUACUUUUUACACAGUUCUACAUUCCGAGAAGCCAAGCCGGAACAAUAGAUAAGUCUGAGAGAGAUUCGCGUGAGCUCUUCCCAAGUCAGGACCAAAACACAGCCUUUUCAUAUAAUGCUAUUUUAUAUACAUAGGUGUACACCGAUAUAUGGAGCUUAGAAGCAGGAACACACGAGGACAGGGGUACGCAACCUUCAGCACUCCAGAUGUCGUGGAACGCUUUGCCAGCAUCCUGGCUGUAAGAGCUUAAUGGGAAAUGUCCACAAAAUCUGCAGUGCUGAAGGUUGCCAACCCUUCAUCUAGGACCACAAUAAGUUUCAUGCAUCAAAUUCCAUUGUGCAUUUCAUGAUGGUUACAUUUUACAAAAGUUUUACUUAGCUAAUACAGACUUACU